ACAGGGCAACAGGCUAUGUCAUGGCUCUAGCUUUACCUCAGCCCCGCACUUCUCCUUCUCCGAUUUCCUCUUCUUCAUCUUCUUUGUUUGCUCGCGAUAACUUCCUCCGUAGACUCUCCUGCACAACAUCACCCCCCAACCCUCGAAACUACCUCUCCGGUACCUCUACAAGGUCUCCUUCUCCAGUCUGCAAAGCCUCAUGGCAAGAGCUUGCUGGAGUCCUCGUAUUCUCGGCGAUUCCUUUCACGGCCGUCAAAGCAAUCGCCAAUAGCCCACUCGGGGGGACGCUUCAGCGGCGACUGCAGCAGAGGAAGAGACUCGCUGUUCAGGAAGCCUCCAAGCUACGGGACCUAGCAGAAAAGGCUAGAAAUGAGAGUUCAUGGCAUGGAGAGGGGCGUCCUCGCUGGCUUGGCCCCAUUCCGUACAACUAUCCUUCAUAUCUAACUGGAGAACUACCAGGCGAUUACGGCUUUGACAUUGCAGGUCUGAGCAAGGAUCCAGUGGCCUUGCAGAAAUAUUUUAACUUUGAAAUACUUCAUGCUCGUUGGGCUAUGCUUGCUUCCCUUGGUGCUUUGGUUCCAGAAGUGUUAGAUUUAAUUGGAGCAUUUCACUUUGUUGAACCUGUCUGGUGGAGAGUUGGCUAUUCUAAGCUUAAGGGAGAUACAUUGGACUACCUUGGCAUCCCAGGACUCCACUUAGCUGGAAGCCAAGGAGUGCUAGUCAUUGCUAUUUGCCAAGUGUUACUGAUGGUUGGACCAGAAUAUGCAAGAUAUUGCGGGAUUGAGGCUUUGGAGCCUCUAGGAAUAUACUUGCCAGGCGAUAUUAAUUAUCCGGGAGGAGCACUUUUUGAUCCAUUGAACUUGUCGAAAGACCCAGUAGCUUUUGAGGAGCUGAAGGUGAAAGAGAUUAAGAAUGGACGGUUAGCGAUGGUUGCGUGGUUAGGGUUUUAUGUACAAGCAGCUUUGACAGGUAAAGGUCCUGUGCAGAAUCUUAUGGAACAUUUAUCAGAUCCAUUUCACAAUAAUUUGUUUUCGUUGCUGAAAUCCAUGUAAAUUAAAGUUUGUUUUGAGUAGAUAAUCACUUUACUUUUAUUCCUA